CGAGCAUGAACCAGAUUUGCUCCUCGCUCUCUCUCUCUCUCUCUCUCUCUCUCUCUCUCUCUCUCUCUCUCUCCCUCUUAAAUCUUCGCAGAACUGAUGAAACUCUGUUUCAGGCAGAGCAUGCAUUUCCCAUUCUGAGCUAUCUUCCCAUGGCUUCUCUAAACUCACUGAGUUCUUAGCUGGAGAAAAGGGUCUUAAAUACAAUACGAAGUAUAAGAUCUGUUCAGAUUCUCUGCUUUUUCUGCGCUUAUGAAGCGUUUCGAUAGCCCAGACUCUUUCGCUGCUUUCGCCUCCUUGUGUCCAUUUAAAGCAGAUGAGAAGAACCCAAAGAAUAAUCAAGUGUACAGUCGGGAAUUCCAAGCGAUGUUGGACAGGCUUGACGAAGAAGACUGUACAGAGGAAACCAGCAUAGCCUCUGAGAAGAAAAGGCGAUUGAGCCAAGAACAAGUGCAGGCUUUGGAGAAAAAUUUUGAGCUGGAGAACAAGCUCGAACCAGAGCGAAAGGCCAAAUUAGCUGAAGAAUUAGGCCUUCAACCGCGUCAGGUCGCGGUUUGGUUCCAAAAUCGCCGCGCUCGUUGGAAAACAAAGCAAUUGGAGAGAGAUUACGCCCUCCUCAAGUCCAAUUACGAUGCUCUGAAGCUCAACUACAAUACUCUGGAACGAGAGCGAGAAUCUCUAAAUGCAGAGCUAAGAGAGCUGAAAGGGAAGUUCCCGGAGGAAAUUGCAGGGAUGAAUCACUCUGUUAAGGAAGAAGCUCUGUUUUCGGAGUCAGAGAACAUUGGAUCCGACCAGGGCAAGAUUUCCCCAGCUGGGCUUUCUGGGGAAUUCGAAUCGGCAGAGCCAAACCUUGACUUAUGCAACAAUGGCAGCCUUCUGAGGUUUAAAGGGUUCGACGAAGGUCCAUCGGAUAGCGAUUCCAGCGGAAUCUUGAACUGUUCUUCAUUUAGAUUGAACUGUUCUUCGUUUGUUCCACCUUCGCCGGCGAAUUGGCUUCAGUUGUCGGAUUCCAGACCGAUUUCGGAGAAAGGGUUUCAGCAGCAGUUUGUGAGGAUGGAAGAACAGGGGUUCUACGGUGCAGAGGAGCCCUGCAAUAUCUUUUCUGUCGAUCAAGCUCCAACCCUCCAUUGGUACUACGCCAAUCAGUGAGCCUCCAAUGCAGAACGAUGAUGCUUGAGAGAUGAAUUCAAAAUGGAUUAAAUAACCUCUGAACUGGUAAAUCUUUGUGUUGAGAGAGAAGGAGAGAGAGGGAGACGGGUGAAAGAUUGUCAAAACCCCGGGGGGGGGGGGGGGAGUUGGAGGAAUUGAUGAUCAGUGAUCGUAGUUUUGUGUGUUCUGCAGAUUCACUUUGGAUCAUUGCUUGCUUGGUGCAUGAAGAAGAAAGGGUGCAGUGAAGUUUACUUUGUUAAUAGACUGUCGUAGAAAUUAAUAAGAUUGACUACCGAUGCAGAA